AUAGAAACAAAGUUGAUAUAAAUAACCCAACAUUUUUGGAUCCAGUUAACAAGUAAAUUUAAGUCAUGGCUGAUGCAAGUGUAACUGCUUUUCCCGAAUAUCCACAAGAGGUGGAUGGGCUCCCUGAUGUAAACCUGUUAGAGACUCCAGUAACUAAUACAGUUAGCAGUGAAAGUUCCGUCUCUUGUAGAAUAUGCAAGUUCAACGCAGGAACUGAUUUAAUAUCUUCUCCAUGUCACUGUAAAGGUACGUUGGGCUGGGUACAUGUUACAUGUUUAGAAGAGUGGUUGACAGGGUCAGUCCGAGAUUCUUGUGAACUUUGCUCCUUCCCCUUCACUGUUGUAAGGAUACCCAAAUACGGAUAUUUGGAAUCCCUCAGGAUAUUCCUUACUACUCGGAUCAGUAUACUGCGACUCCUACGAGACUUGUUCUUCCUGGCAGUGUCACUGAUUAACACCUGCAUUCUCAUGUAUAUGUGGCUUGCCUAUAUACUCAACGAUUUAGUUGUUAUAAUGGAAGGAAAUACUGAUGAUCGGCAAAUACUAGAAGGAAGUCUUAAAUACUUGACCACUCCAUUACGCACGUUUGCCUUCUCUUUUGUGUUCACCUUAUGUUUGGGAUUUGUAAGUUUAAACACAUUUGAUGACUUCCGCAGGAUAUUCUACUUCUACUUCCUGCCAUGGUAUCAUUGGAGGAGAUCGGCUGUUGAAGUUAAAUUAAUUGUUGACCUCUACAAUGUUCCUGCUUGA